AUGGCGAAGGUGUUCGAGGACGUGUUCGCGAUCACGAAGGUGGACCCAGAUGGAAAGAAGUUCGACAAGGUGUCGCGCCUGCUGGGCAAGAGUGAACGGCUCGACGUGAGCAUGACGCUGGACGUCAACUCGGACAUUUACCCGGUCGCGGAGGCCGAGCGGCUGAACGUCGCGCUCGCGUACACGCUGGACCUGGACGGCGCCGAGGACGAAGGCCAGUACGGGCGGCAGACGCAGGCCUUCGUCAAGGGUCAGGCGCCGUCGCUGAUGGAUUCGUACGACUACGUCAUGUGCGGGAAGAUCUUCCGCGUGCACGACAAGCGGGAGGGCGGGCAGGUCCACGCGGAGGUGCUGGUGUCGUUCGGGGGCCUCAUUCUGCAGCUCGUCGCGCCACCGAAGAACCUCGACGGACUGAACCUCGACAGACGCAUCUACCUGCUCGCGCGCAAAGUGUGA